AUGCGCCAGCGCGUCGAGGAGUACAUCUCCAACCUCCAAGACGAGAUUGUCGCGGCCCUCGAGAAGGUCGACCCCAACGCCCCGGCCUUCAAGCGCGACUCGUGGCUCCGCGCGCAAGGCGGCCGCGGCCUCUCAUGCGUUUUCGCCGUCCCCACCCCGCCCGACGGCGUCGCGCCCCAGCACACCGUACUCGAGAAGGCGGGCGUGAACAUCUCCGUCGUCCACGGCACCCUCCCUCCUCCCGCCAUCAAGCAGAUGCGCGCCGAUCACUCCUCCAUCCCCGACAUCCAGACCUCCGUCCCCUUCUUCGCCGCCGGCAUCUCCCUCGUCAUCCACCCGCGCAGCCCGCACGCGCCGACCGUGCACGCCAACUACCGCUACUUCGAGAUCACCAAGGAGCCCACGGACGCCCAGCGCGAGGCCGGCCAGCCGGGCGACCUCGUCGCCUGGUGGUUCGGCGGUGGCGCGGACCUCACGCCCUCGUACCUGUACGAGGAGGACGCGGUGCACUUCCACAAGACGCUCAAGGCCGCGUGCGACGCGCACGGCGCGGACGUCUUCCCCACCUUCAAAGCCUGGUGCGACGAGUACUUCUUCAUCCCCCACCGCGGCGAGUCGCGCGGCGUCGGCGGCAUCUUCUUCGACGACCUCUGCGCCGAGCCGCACAAGCGCCUCGCGGAUGGCGCCGCGCGCCCCAAGACGGCCGACGAGAUCUUCGCGUUCGUGCGCGCGGCGGGCGACGCGUUCGUCCCGUCGUUCGUGCCGGUGCUCGAGCGCCGGUGCCGCAUGCCGAGCACGGAGCACGAGCGCCGCUGGCAGCUCCUCCGCCGCGGCCGGUACGUCGAGUUCAACCUCGUCUACGACCGCGGGACCAAGUUCGGGCUGGUGACGCCCGGCGCGCGCAUCGAGAGCAUCCUCAUGAGCUUGCCGGAGACCGCGCGGUGGGAGUACAUGAGCGAGCUGGGAACGGACCCGGAGAGCCGGGAAGGAAAGCUGAUGGAGGUCCUCAAGACCGCGCGCGCGUGGGUAUGA